AUGCAACGAGGUUUUGAGACAGCCUGGGGUUGCUACGAUGCAUGUUACAAUCGUUUCGGUUUGCAAUUUCAAACUCCGGAAGCACUUUACGAGAAGCGUUACUAUCGUGCAAUUGGCUACAUGCGACCGCUCAGUAUUUGGGCUAUCCAGUGGACCCUGGUGAAACAAUUCAAAAUAUUCCUCCAAGCAAAUUCGACGAUUUUGAGCAGGAUUCGUAGAGAUACACCUUUAGCAGAACCAGGUAAGAUAUCAUCGUUACCACUACUUCUGAUAGAUCGGAGGAACGAUGAGGAAGAUGAGGGCGGCUAUGGAAAGCUCCAGUCUGAUACCAGUUCCGGAUGCUCAACAAUGCCAAGCACUUCCAGUGUUCGAUCAUUUCUUAAAGAAUCCUCUUAG